CGGCGGCGGCGCCGGGGGGAGGGUCCUCGGGAGCGGACGUUCGGCGGCGCCCGCGUCAGCGCCCCGGGAAGAGGAGGGCGAAGCCGCCACCCGCCAUGUUGGACGCCGCAGAUUCGCCAUAAGCCGGCCGGCUCUCGGCCUGAAAAAAUAAAAAAUUCCGGAGCCGAGCCUCCGCGGAGCGGCCCGCCUUCUCGGGCAGCGUGGGAGGGGCCCGGAAGAGCCCCGAAGCUUUUUUUUUCCCCCCUCCGCGGCGGCGGCGUUGCUAUGGAGACGCGGGCUGCAGAAAGCACAGCUAUCUUCAUGUGUAAAUGUUGUAAUCUUUUCUCACCAAAUCAGUCGGAACUCCUCUCCCAUGUUUCUGAGAAGCACACAGAGGAGGGGGUGAAUGUGGAUGAGAUCAUCAUCCCCCUCCGGCCUCUGAGUACUCCUGAACCCACCAAUACCAGCAAAACUGGAGAUGAGCGUUCAGUAACGAAGAGGAAGAGAGGCCGGCCUAAGGGCUCUACCAAGAAGCCCAGCAGUGAAGAGGAGCCAGCAGUGAACGCAGGGGGUCCCAGCAGUGCCAGCCCGGUGGUUCCAUCAGAGAGCAGCCUGGCGCUGAGCAGCUUGGAGUGCAGCAAGUGCUGUCGGAAGUUUUCCAACUCACGCCAGCUGCGGAAGCACAUCUGCAUCAUCGUGCUGAACUUGGGUGAAGAGGAGGGAGAAGCAGGUAAUGACUCUGACCUUGAACUGGAUAAAAGGUAUAAAGAAGAUGACCGAGAAAAGGCCUCGAAGAGACCCCGGACACAGAAAACAGAGAAAGUGCAAAAGAUGUCCUCAGGAAAGGAGUCCGGACCAACCGCUGGGGCAAAGAAACCCAUUAUAAGUGUGGUUUUAACCGCACACGAAGCCAUUCCAGGUGCUACCAAGAUUGUUCCAGUGGAGGCUGGGCCCCCAGAAACGGGAGCAGUAAACCCUGAGACCACCACAGCCGAUGUGGCACCUCGAAGAGGGUACCAGGAAUAUGCCAUUCAGCAAACACCAUAUGAACAGCCAAUGAAGUCAAGCAGGCUCGGUCCCACCCAGCUGAAGAUCUUCACUUGCGAAUACUGCAACAAGGUCUUCAAGUUCAAGCACUCACUGCAGGCCCACCUGCGGAUCCACACCAACGAGAAGCCCUACAAGUGCUCCCAGUGCAGCUACGCCAGCGCCAUCAAGGCCAACCUCAAUGUGCACCUGCGUAAGCACACGGGCGAGAAGUUCGCCUGCGACUACUGCGCCUUCACCUGCCUGAGUAAAGGCCACCUCAAGGUGCACAUUGAGCGGGUACACAAGAAGAUCAAGCAGCACUGCCGCUUCUGCAAGAAGAAGUACUCGGACGUCAAGAACCUCAUCAAGCACAUCCGCGAUGCCCACGACCCGCAGGACAAGAAGGUCCAGGAGGCCCUGGACGAGCUGUGUCUGAUGACCCGGGAGGGCAAGCGGCAGCUGCUCUACGACUGCCACAUCUGCGAGCGCAAGUUCAAGAAUGAGCUGGACCGGGACCGCCACAUGCUGGUCCACGGUGAUAAGUGGCCCUUCGCUUGCGAGCUCUGUGGUCACGGGGCCACCAAGUACCAGGCCCUGGAGCUCCACGUCCGGAAGCACCCUUUCGUGUACGUCUGCGCCAUCUGCCUCAAGAAGUUCGUCAGCUCCAUCCGGCUGCGUGCGCACAUCAAGGAGGCGCACGGGGCGGCCCAGGAGCAGCUGGUCUUCACCAGCUCCAUCAACCAGAGCUUCUGCCUCCUGGAGCCUGGAGGGGAUAUCCAGCAGGAAGCCUUGGGGGGCCAGCUGCAGCUGGCGGAAGAGGAAUUUGUGUUCCAGGGGGUCAAUGCCCCCAAGGAGGCUGCCUGCCCUGGGGAGGAUGCCCGCCCUGAGGAGGGACCCAAGGAGCCUGAUGCCCCCGUGGAUGUGCCUGCCCCACUUGGGCAGCUAGCCACGACCCAGGUGGAAAGCGCCAUCCUGCCUCCCUGCGACCUGGAAGCCACAGUGCCCUCCCCGGCUCUUCCCUCGCCAGUCGUUGUUUCAGAUGAGUUUCUGUUGAAAACCAACGUGCUCUGUGCUGAGGCUCACAGUGCUCCCGAUGGGACCUUGGAGCCCUCUGGAGGGGGCAUCCCCCCGGCCCAGGGCGAUGAAGUGACACUGCUGCUGCCCAAGGUCAAAAGUGAGGCAGCAAAUCCAGAGACCCAGGGUGCCGAGGACCCUCCAGAGGAAGCACCGAAAGUGACCACCCUCCUGUCCGAUGCCCCCGAUCCCAGUACCUGCCUCAGGCCAGACCAGGAGGGGACCGCUGACCUUCCCGUGGCCAGUGAUAGGGAUGUGGCCACAAGCCAGCCUGACUCUUGUACCCCCACUGCUGUUGAGCACCGACCUGGCAUCAGCGCAUUCAUGAAGAUUCUGGAUGGCUUACAGAAGAGGCAAAUGAACACUGGCUUGUGCGAGAGGAUCCGGAAGGUGUACGGAGACCUGGAGUGUGAAUACUGUGGCAAACUUUUUUGGUACCAAGUGCAUUUUGAUAUGCAUGUCCGCACCCACACCCGGGAACAUCUGUAUUAUUGCUCCCAGUGUCAUUAUUCUUCCAUCACCAAAAACUGCCUUAAACGCCAUGUAAUUCAGAAACACAGUAACAUCUUGCUGAAGUGUCCCACUGACGGCUGUGACUACUCGACUCCAGAUAAAUAUAAGCUGCAGGCACAUCUUAAAGUUCACACAGAGCUGGACAAAAGGAGUUAUUCUUGUCCUGUGUGUGAAAAAUCUUUUUCAGAAGAUCGAUUGAUAAAGUCACACAUCAAGACCAACCAUCCUGAGGUCUCCAUGAGUACCAUUUCUGAGGUUCUCGGUAGGAGGGUUCAGUUGAAAGGGCUGAUUGGGAAGAGAGCCAUGAAAUGCCCAUAUUGUGAUUUCUACUUCAUGAAGAAUGGUUCAGACCUUCAACGUCACAUUUGGGCUCAUGAAGGUGUGAAGCCCUUCAAAUGUUCUUUGUGUGAGUAUGCCACUCGUAGCAAGAGUAACCUUAAGGCGCAUAUGAAUCGUCACAGCACUGAGAAAACACACCUGUGUGACAUGUGUGGCAAGAAAUUUAAAUCAAAAGGAACAUUGAAAAGUCACAAGCUCCUCCACACGGCGGAUGGGAAGCAGUUUAAGUGCACAGUGUGCGACUAUACGGCAGCCCAGAAGCCCCAGCUGCUGCGGCACAUGGAGCAGCACGCCUCCUUCAAGCCAUUCCGCUGUGCCCAUUGCCAUUACUCCUGCAACAUGUCUGGCUCUCUGAAGCGGCAUUACAACAGGAAGCACCCCAACGAGGAGUACACCAACGUGGGCACCGGGGAGCUGGCAGCAGACACACUCAUCCAGCAAGGUGGUUUGAAGUGUCCCGUUUGCAGCUUUGUAUAUGGCACCAAGUGGGAGUUUAACAGACACUUGAAAAACAAGCAUGGCCUGAAGUUGGUGGAAAAUGAAGGAGACUCCAAGUGGGAACCAGCAACAGAAACUUCUGAGGAGCCCUCCACCCAGUAUCUGCACAUCACAGAAGCCGAAGAGGAUGUUCAAGGGACGCAGGCAGCUGUGGCCGCACUCCAGGACUUGAGAUACACCUCGGAGAGUGGUGACCGACUUGACCCCACCGCUGUAAACAUCCUCCAGCAGAUCAUCGAGCUGGGCACAGAGACCCAUGAUGCCACAGCUGUUGCCUCAGUUGUCGCCAUGGCCCCAGGGACAGUGACUGUUGUGAAACAGGUCACGGAUGAGGAGCCGGCAUCCAAUCACACCGUCAUGAUCCAGGAGACCCUGCAGCAGGCCUCUGUGGAGCUCGCUGAGGAACACCACCUGGUGGUGUCCUCGGACGACGUGGAGGGCAUCGAGACGGUGACUGUCUACACCCAGGGCGGUGAGGCCUCCGAGUUCAUCGUGUAUGUGCAGGAAGCCAUGCAGCCCCUGGAGGAGCAGGCCUUGGGGCAGCCAGCCCUGGAACUCUAGAGGACAUGUGGGCUCAGAAGCCCAGGACAGGUCUGCCCAGCUGUUGGCAUCAGAGAUACCCAGGGCAG